CAUAUUAUAUGUAUACAUGCUCACACUGUUCAAGGUCCUGCCAUGGUGACGAGGGUCUGCAGUAUCCUUCCUUGGAAUGGUAAAAGGCCGUGCAGAAGUUGCUUUGCCGGAGAAUCACCUGCAUAUCUAGCCGAAUCGUGGUGGCCAUGCAGAUCAGGUGGAUUUCAUCUGCUGCAUGCGUUUUGGCGGUUAAGGGGGGUUCGGAUAGCAGUUGUGAGAUUUUUAUGGGAAAGCAACUUUCUGCCUGGCAGAUUACGAAGAAAGCUCUUUGGGAUAGGGUGCGGGGAGCAUCCUUGGAGAUUUCUAUGCAACAGGGACCUUUGCUUCAGAUGUCCUUGGAGCUAGAGGAGAUGCCGGGAGCACCAGCAGAAUGUCCUUUGGGAGUACUUGCCAUCCAACUCUUCCUCCUGGACAUGCUGAGGGCGCUGCCUCAGCACUCACAGCAGGCCGAGACAGCGGCCUGGUUAGAAAAGUUAAUUCGUGAAGCAAUUUUCCUGAGAAAUUGGUCGGACAUCAUCAGCUCUGGCUGGCCAAUCUUUGGUCUUCUUGCACGGCUUUCAAUGCUUGGGACACCCGGCCAAACAGACACUGACGUUUGGCACAAGCUCAUAGCAAGAAAGCUGGUAGCACCAUCAGUCGAUCAAUUGCAGGAGAAUAUCCAGGACAUUGUGAACCUUGAGCUGGCUGCAGCCGACCAGCCUUCCCGUUCGUUGUUUAGCAACUUUUUCAAUCCUGGUUCAACUUCACUUUGGACUGAUUUGUCCUCGAGGAGUCAAGAAUACAUUUUCCAGGAGGCUAUCCUGGGAGGCGGUUCACAAGCGCCAGCAUUUGCAGCAUAUUAUUUCCUCAAGAACUUGCGCACAGAAUUCGCGGGUUUCUCUGGCCCAGUGGACCCUUUUCUUCACCAAGUUCUUGCAAAUUUGAAGUCUGCUGACUUCAACUGCUGGGAUGUGGGCGCUGCACCCGUGCCAAAGAGUAACAACCCGGAUGAGCCAUCUGAUGUUUGGCAAAUUUGCUCGGACUUUGGGCUCAAAACUCGCGCGUUUGAGCCCUCGAAGAGUGGCUACGGACGUCUCCAAGCAAGCGCAUCGAGAUCAUUGCAGAUGCACAGACUUGCGCUCUCGAAUUUCACAGGGGAGGCCUACUUCAAUCGUGGCGGUCAAGUCACAGGUUCUUUGGGCACCCGAGGCUGUGGCUUGGAAGCAAAUUCAGCGCCAUGAAAUGUAGCAUGAGAUCACGUGCUGAGACUCACAACGAGGAUGGGGGA